AUGGAGGCCAGUGGCGGUGGAGGAGAUGACCGUGUGCGGAACCUCCGGAAUGAAGUGGAAGGGGUCAAGAAUAUCAUGACCCAGAAUGUGGAGCGGAUCCUGGCCCGGGGAGAGAACCUGGACCACCUUCGCAACAAGACAGAGGAUCUGGAAGCCACAUCAGAGCACUUCAAGACCACGUCACAGAAGGUAGCUCGGAAGUUCUGGUGGAAGAACGUGAAGAUGAUUGUCCUCAUCUGUGUGAUUGUUUUCAUCAUCGUCCUCUUCAUCGUGCUUUUUGCCACCGGCGCCAUCCCCACUUAG